AUUUUCUUGAUCUUUGUUGUUGCUUGUUUUACUCGUCUGUCUUCAACCUCUAUGCCAUGAUAUAUAUAAACUUGUCUGUCUUCAACCUCAAUCACAGCAAAUUCCGAGCCACCAUGGACAUGGCAAGUACACUUCUUGCACUUGCUGUGACACUUGUUUUUUUCUUUCAAGCCUUGACAUGGACAAGAAGGGGUAAAAACAAGCGAUUACCCCCUGGUCCGAAAGGCCUUCCUAUUAUCGGAAACCUUUUGAUGAUAGGGAACAACCCUCACCAUGAUUUUCAACGAUUAGCUCAAAAGUAUGGUCCCAUCAUGCACUUACGCUUAGGCUUGAUGCCGGUGAUCGUUGUCUCCUCCGCGGAAGCCGCCGAGCUGUUCCUCAAGACACAUGACCUUGUUUUCGCUAGCAGGCCACCUCAUGAAGGUUCCAAACUUAUUUGUUACAAUCAGCAGAAUUUGGUGUUCUCCCCGUACGGUUCGUAUUGGCGCAACAUGCGUAAGAUGUGCACCUUGGAAUUGCUUAGUAACCACAAAAUCAAUACUUUCAGGUCCAUGAGGAUGGAAGAACUUCAUGGUUGUGUUCAAUAUAUCCGAGAGGCGGCUACUGCUGGUUGUGUUGUCGAUCUUAGCUCCACGAUCUCGUCUUUUAGUACUGAUAUUUCGUGUAGGAUGAUCAUUGGAAAGAAGUAUGAUCACGACGAUUUUAGUGAAAAGGGGUUCAAAGCUACGCUUCGAGAGGGUAUGCAAAUUGGAGCUACGAUUAAUUUAGCUGAUUAUAUUCCUCAAAUUAGAGCACUUGAUCUCCAGGGACUAACAAAGCGUAUGAAAAUUAUUGCCAAGGAUUUUGAUGACUUUUUUGAGAAGAUAAUCGACGAGCAUGUUCGAUCUAAAGACGAAAACAGAGUCAAGGACUUUGUUGAUGUCAUGUUGGGAUUCAUGGGAUCAGAAGAAACAGAUGAGUACCGUGUCGAGCGAGACACGAUCAAAGCAAUUAUAUUGGACAUGCUUACAGCUUCUAUGGAUACUUCAGCAGCUGCGAUCGAUUGGACACUGGCCGAACUCAUCAGACAUCCACAAGUGAUGAAGAAAGUCCAAAAGGAACUCAAAAACGUGAUCGGCAUGAAGAGGAUGGUCGAGGAAUCAGACUUGGAGAAAUUGAAGUACUUGGACAUGGUUGUGAAAGAAAGCUUUAGGCUACAUCCAGUAGCGCCAUUGCUGGCACCGCAUGCAUCCAGGGAAGAUUUCACGGUGAAUGGCUUUGACAUACCCAAGGGUGCACGCAUCUUCGUAAAUGCAUGGGCUAUAAGUCGGGAUGAAAGGGUUUGGACUGAUGCAGAGAGGUUUUAUCCGGAGAGAUUCAUUGGAAGUGACAUCGAUCUCCGCGGACGCAACUUCGAGCUAAUCCCGUUUGGUGCCGGUCGCAGAGGCUGCCCCGGAAUGCAGUUGGGUUUAACAGUGGUUCGGCUUGUGGUGGCUCAAAUGGUUCAUUGCUUUGAUUGGGAGCUUCCAAAUGGUAUGUUGGGAAGUGAGUUGGAUAUGAGGGAGGAGUUUGGACUUGUUUGUCCUAGAGCCAACCAUCUUCUAGCCAUACCAACAUGGCGCCUAAAGGAUUGAACAUACAACAUCAAUAUUUACUUUUUGUUUAAAACAUCAGAUUUAGGCCAUUUUAUAUGUAGAGUAGGUUUAAGUAGAUCUGAUAAUGAGCUGGGUCAUUCACUUAAGCCCGAAGGUUUUCUUGAAAAGUGAAAGGGUUUGAGUAAAAAUAUAAGUUUGAAAGAUAGAUUUAGACCAAAAAAUAAGGCUUAUUUAGAAAACGGGCUAGACCUCAGGCAAGAUUUUUUUGGCCCGGGCAUAACUCGACCCGACCCAAAUUUGACCAAAAAAAUUCUGUUGUUGUUGCCUUUGUUUACUAUUGUUAUGUUGUUGUUUUGUUAUUGUUAUGUUGUUGUUAUGUUGUUGUUUUGCUACCAUUUCACUAAUAUAUUACUACUAUUUUGUUGUUA